UCUAAAUUUUCUGGAUUAUGUUCUGAUAGCUCUUUAAAAUUCAGUUCAAUUUAUUUUUUAUUUGCCUAUUCGUUAUAUUUUGCUUAUGUAUUAUUUAAUAAAAAGAAAUCUUUUAGUUACAAGUAGCUAAAAUUUGAAGAGAAUAGGCAAGAGUAUUUUUAAUUUUAUUUUUUAGGCUACAAAAACAAAUUUUAGAAAUUUACACAAAACAAACACUUACACAGUACUGUACACUUGAGUACACAGUGUACCCGGCUUUCAUCAAAUCAAGGACCGUCAGACCUCUGUUUCAAAGAAAAACUAACGAGCAAUAGUUAUGGAAGAGGAGAAUGAAGAUAACUUCUCAAGGUACACACCACAGCAUCCACUUCCAGAAGAAAUCAAGAAACUUGCAAGAGACAAAACUGUCUGUAAAUACUGUGGUGUGAGUUACCUGAUUCACAAUGAGAUCAAAGCUCUAGAAGGGAAACUAAAGGCAGCGGAAGGAGAGCUGUCUAGACUGAGAGGUCUAGAGAAGAGGGAGGAAGUGCUCAAACAGGAGACAGUUUUGUUGAAACACCAGAUUUCUGAUUUGAAGCUCAUGAUUGAAACUAACGGAAAAUUGAUAGAAUCACAAGGCAACGAGAUAAUAAACAGUAAAGAAACACAAAAAGUAUUAGAAGACACGCUCAAAACUUAUAAAGAAAAAUAUUUACGAGCCCUAAAGCAAUGCUCCAACUUGAACCAGACUGUGAAGCAGUGGAAAGAGAACUUGGGAUUUUUGAAAGACAGGGUUCUAACUUUUCAGUCAGAGAUGUCAGAAUCUAUGAGACCAGCACUAGAAAAUGUUGGGCGCAUAUCAGAACAAUCAACAAAAGAACUAGGGACCUUGCAGUCACAACUGGAGUGCACAGAGAUGGAGAAACUUGUCCUGUCUCAGUCCAACAAAACUCUUUCAGACAAUUUGAAAACAAAAGAAUUAGAAAUGAAAAAGUUGCAAGAUAAGUUGAAAUCAAAAUCCAAUGUGUUAAAAGAAAAAGACGUGACAAUCAGCCGCUUGGAGCAUCAGAUUGCCAAUUUGGAAGGAACUGCAGCUUCACUCAAGUCCAAGGAGGAUUCAUUGAAUAGGAUAAAUGAAGAAUUUAAGGAGAGCCAAGAUCAAUGUAAAAUUUUGAUGGUAGAGCUAGAUCAGUACAAAUUAAACAUAAAGGCUAAAAACUCUGAGCUGACAGAUGCACUUGAUAAGCUAAAACAACUGGAGCAUGACCAUGAGUCUUCACUACAAAAGCUAUAUUUAGAAAUCAAAGGUAAAGAGAAUGAACUAACAUCACAUGUAAAGCAGAUUAAAACACUAGAAAAUCAAUGCAGAGAGUUACAGAAAAAAGAAGCAGAGAGCUCACAAUGGAGCAAAGUCAGCACAAAUGAAGUUCAAGAAUUGAAAGAAGCGUUACAGAGAGCUAAAGGAGAUGUUGCAGCUCUGAAGUCUGAAAGGGAGUUGAUGAUAGAGGCUCACCAAAACAGGAUAGAGGAUCUGAGAGAAAGUUUUAAAAACAAGAUGGCUGAAGCAGAUGAUUGGCCCCAGAAACUACAGGGAGCUCUAGCAGCAGAAAGGAGUCGGCACAUGAUGGAGUUAAAGACAUUUGAAGAGAAUCUCAAGCACCAGUUUGUUCUGGAGCUUCAGAUUGAGAAGGAUAAGUACAACGAGCUUUUAAAAAAAUUUCAAGAUCAGGAAAAAGAGAAAUCAUAUUUGCGAGAGAACCAGCGGGCCCUGCUAGAGAUCCAGUACAAGGAACAAAUAGACGAACUUGUACGGCAAGUCACGGAUGGCAAGAAGAGAGGGGCAGAGAGGGAGGAGGAGCUGACAAGGGAGAUCACUAGCUUGAAAAAAAUCAUCAAGGACUUGCAAGAUAGGCUAGCUCGACUUGAUACAUCAGACUCAGGGAAGUUAGCGGAGUACAAAAACAAGUUGUCUCAGGUGCAGCAGGACCUGCUGGAUGCCAGAAGCAAUGUGACCACACUGGAGUCUCAAGUCAAGGAGGCGCAGGAAGAGGCCCAAUUUCUCCAAAAUGUUGUGCGUAAAGAGUGUGAAGAACGGUUUGAGUUGACUGAAGCACUGAGUGAGGCCAGGAAGGAACUUCUACAGCUGAAGAAACCCCCAGGGGGAUAUCCCAGCUUACAGAAGAGAGGAAGCAUCAGCAGUAUCCUGAGUCCGUCUCAGCCAAACUCUCCAGCCCCUCUGGCCAGUGGAGAGGACCCGGGGUCAAAGUUCAAGUCCCAGACAGCUGCCAGCAGUGUCAGCCUGAGUUACAGCCAGGAGAGCAUCAGCGCCAGAUUGAACAGCUCGGAGAGAAACGGUGACGCUCGGUUGUUAGAGAGCAGGAAAAGAAUAGCCAAUGUGAUGGGCAGGAGAUGAGGGCGUGUGUGUUGAUUUAGUGAUCCUGGAUGUGUAAAUUUUGAUGUCUACAUUGUUAGGCCGAUGUAUUAUUUGUCAGUUUUAUUACAUUUAUACAUAUUCAUAAAAACAAGCUAAACACAGCCUAAAUACAAUUAUAAAUUCUUAUAUACUGGUGGUUGUAUCCAGAUUAGGCAUGAUUUUGGGUUUGUUUAUCUUCCAGAUUUUUUUAAUGCUACUGACCAAAAUAUGUUUGUGAUUGUCUUAAAAAAAAAACAGGCAUGAGUAGAAACAUUUUAGUGUGGCAUUUGAUGCAUAGAUGUAAAUAAAUGUACAUUUUUCUGCUUUUAUAAUCAAUUUAUAAUUUGUAGUAUGAUUAUUUUAUUGGCUUAUACACUGGUUGUAGUAUAACUACAUGUGUGAUGAAGUAUUACAUGAGAUUAAAAGUGGAAUAAAAACUA